AUGAGAACGCAUGAACCACAUGACAGCGCACUGCCUGUGAUCGUAUUGACAAAAGGUGCUGAAACUGCACUGCUGGCUCGGGUUGCAUCGGAUGUCAGUGAUUUUCAUCAGGAUGCCGUGCUCAAUGAUCCUUUAGUUGCGGGUCUAUCCAGUCCCACAAGACAGCUGCUCCGUAUGCAUCCGGAUGAAGUGAUGAAACGCGUCACAGCCUUCGCCAACAGUGGGUUACGCACUCUUGUCAUGGGCGCGCGGGUACUCAGCCCUGAGCAGUGGUACGAGUACAAGAGUACUUUGGAUGCUGCUAAAGGUCAACUGGAAGGCCGUGAUGACGCAAUUUCGAAAGCUUAUGGGCAAAUUGAAAGCCAAUUGGUACUUAUUGGCUGCACGGGCGUAGAAGACAUGCUACAGGAUGGGGUGGCUGAGACCAUCACAGCGCUUCACGAUGCCGGCCUGAAGGUGUGGGUGUUGACAGGAGAUAAAGAAGAAACCGCGGUGAACAUCAGUUAUGCAGCUGGCCACUUUAAUCCGGAAAUGAAAGAAAUUCGCAUCACAAAACAGACUAACUGCAUUGAUUGCAACAAUGCCCUGGACAAACACAUUGCUAAAAUGGCUGAGGCCAGGGUUGCGGAUCUAGAAGAUCAGUUUGCAGCUGUCAUCGACGGGCAAUCGUUGGGUUUCGCGCUUGAUCUUUGUCCGCUGUGUCCUUGGGUACUCACUUUGUUGGCUGGUUACCCAGGGUUCACGUUACGGUCAUGA